AUGGAUUUCUAUCGAAAAGUCCCGAGAGAAUUCAGCGAGGGCACGCUCGGUGGAUCGAUCAUCUCCAUAUUGAGCGCUGUACUGAUGCUGUACUUAUUCCUGAGUGAGCUCGGAAAGUACAGCACGUCGUCGUUCGAGACCAAGGUGGUGGUCGAUAGAAGCGUCGACGGCGAACUGCUCAGGAUCAAUUUUAACUUGUCUUUCCCGGCGUUGUCGUGUGAGUUCGCGAGUGUGGACGUGGGGGAUGCCCUUGGGUUGAACAGAUUUAAUCUCACGAAGACAGUCUUCAAGCGGGCGAUCGACGCGGAGAUGAACCCGAUCGGGCCGCUGCAAUGGGAUCGCGCGGUGAAGGAAGUGCUCAAGGCGAGCGACGAGGAACACGAGCAAGCGGUGCGGAGGGUUGAGGAGCACAAGAAGGAGCUGGCGCUGCUGAAGGAGUCGAACUCGAAGGCGGCGGAUGGGAAGGCGCACGUCGUGUACGAGAUAGAUGAUCUGAAUUCACUUCAGGCGAUGGUGCACGAUCCGACGCACGCGGUGGUGUUGGUGAAUUUUUACGCGCCGUGGUGCCCGUGGUGCCAGAGGUUGGAGCCCGUGUACGAGGCCGCGGGUUUGUCCGUGCACGAAAAGUAUCCGCCGGGAACGAAGCAGCGAGUUUUGUUCACCAAGAUUGAUUGCGUCGUGCACGAGAAGUUUUGCAUGCAGCAAGUUGUCACGGGAUACCCGACGAUUCGCAUCUUUACGCACGGGACGGAUAUAUUGGUACACGACGGAAAGCGUGAGCACGCGUUCUACAAGGGCCCGCGCACGGUGGAUGCGCUCACGCAAUUUGUCGACACGCUCGUUCCUAAGCCCGAACCGGUCUCGCAGUCUAGCAUUGAGGCGGCGCGCGAGGCUAAUUUUAACUUGCAACUCCCGGCAAGCGUCGACGUGCAGAGACGAAUCAUGGGCCCGGGAUGCGCCAUCACCGGUUUCGUGCUCGUCAAGAAAGUUCCGGGACACCUUUGGAUCAGUGCGUCAUCUCCCGACCACUCUUUCCACGGACAGAACAUGAACAUGACGCACGUAGUCAAUCACUUCUAUUUUGGGCACCAGCUCAGCGACGACCGUCGGCGCUAUCUCGAAAAAUUUCACGCCGGAGAGAAGGCUGGUGACUGGCACGACAGACUUGCGGGACAAACAUUCGUCUCGGAGUCCGCACACAUCUCCCACGAGCACUACCUCCAAACGGUGCUGACGUCAAUCGCUCCGCGCGGUCGCUUCGCGCUUCCGUUCAGCGUCUAUGAGUACACACAACACGCACACGCCGUGCACGAGCCCUUGCCUAAGGCCAAGUUCCAUUACCAACCAAGCCCGAUGCAAAUUGCCGUAUCCGAGGAGCGCAUGGCGUUUUAUUCCUUCAUCACCAGUCUCAUGGCCAUCAUCGGAGGCGUGUACUCCGUCAUGGGCAUCGCCGACGGUGUCCUCUUCAAUUCCAUCGCCCUCGUUCGCAAGAAGCUCGAGCUCGGGAAACAAAUUUAA